GAGAGUGAGUAGAAUAUCGAGUCCAACCUCCAACCCCCAUAGCUAUAGGGGCCUUGUCAGUAAGAAAAGCAGGCGGUGGAUAAAAGCCAAAAGGGAAAAAGAUAACAGUAAUUACAAGAGCUUCACUUGGUUAUAAGAGCUGCAAGAACCACUCCAAGAUCCAUCUUCCUUUCACUUGAGAGCCUUCACUCAUUCACAUUAUGGACAAUCAGCGCCUCACUCCUCUGCUUAAUUGGGCUUACUACUGCCAAGGCAAGUUUUGAUGGUGCAGAAUAUGGAGGAGCUGAAGCAUUCUCUUGUGUGUACAACUCUGGAGCUGGAAACCAUGAGGCUAGCAGCUCAGGAGGAGCUAAGGAGGAGGGAUGAUCAAUUGGCACAUCUUAAAGAUCUUCUUACCAGGACAAUCAGGGAAAGGGAUGAAGCUCAGGACAAGUGCCACAGGCUCCUCCUUGAGAAAAUCCUGCUUCAUCAGCAGCAUCAACAAACUGCUAAUCUCUCUGGGAUUUCUAGCAUUGAGGAUGAACCCAGAAGAGGCAUUGACUCCAACAAUGGUUUUUCCUCUUCGGACUGUGAAGAAAGCAUUGUUUCUUCUCCGGUCAUCGACCCGGUUCCGCCCCCACAAUUGCCUCAACAGCAACCGCCGCCGCCCCCACCACCACAAUUGCAACAACCACCAUCUAUGCCAGAAGCAGCAUUGCAAUUGGUGUCCGAUAAGCCAUUGCCUGAAAAAGGGAAGCUUCUCCAGGCAGUGAUGAAAGCCGGUCCACUCCUUCAGACCCUUUUGCUGGCCGGACCGCUUCCUCAGUGGCGACACCCACCACCGCAUCUGGAGUCUUUUGAGAUCCCACCUGUGACCAUUCCUUCACAACCACCACCACCACAACCACUGCUCCACCAAGACUCUCUGAUCAAUUCUAGCCCCAACAACAACAACAUCAACUGUGGUAGAGUUGAUCGGAAAAGGGCUCUAUGUGAAGACUCCGACACUUCCAUAGAAACCAAGUACCAAAGGGUUGCUCUCCCUUGACCACCACCACAGAGAGUAAUCCUUAUAAUUUAAUAUUUAUAUCCCAUUUAAACACCAUUAAAGGUUAGUGAAACUGAAACUGCCAGAUGGGUAUGAGAUUGAUCUAGCAUUGUACAGAAGUUUGUCCUAGAAAAGAUGUCGAAUUUAACUAGAAGCAGAGACAAGUGAGAGAAGCAGAGAAGACCAUUGUUUCAGGCUUUUCCGCCAGUGUUCUGAUUGGAGAUUUGCUCUGUUUUUUUCUUUUUUUUUUAAUUUUCCUUUACACUUCAAUUUUCCAGCAUGAUGUGAAAAGGGGGUUGAUUUCUCCAAAAAUUAGUGCUAAGAUGUAACAUGUAAUUCUGAUAUUUAGCUCUGUAUGUGUGUGUGAGAGAGAGAGAGGGAGAGUGAGGUGUGAAAGAUCACAUCAAAAGCUUUGAGAUUUGGGUAUGGAGUUGUUGAGAUUGAGGGAUGAGUGUGGCCAACAACCAGAAGGGCCUGAAGCCCUACUUGUCGGGCCCAGUGGAUCCCACAAAUCGGAAUCGGGAUCUACUGCUAGUGUGAUGUAUGAUUAUUGUAAGUCUCAUCUCAUGUUUCUCUAAUCAUUUUUCUUUCCUUUAA